AGGAGACCAAUAUCUACAUGACAGCGUUGCCUCCCAACAGCACCCAUCUAAUGCAACCAUUAGAUGUGGCAGUGAUUGCCCCGUUUAAAAAAAAAAUGGCGUCAGAUUAUAGACAAAUGGCGCAGUGAAACCAAAUCAACUUCCUCCGUUCCAAAAAAAUAUUUUCCUGUCCUCCAAAAUCGAUUGUGGGUUGCAGUCACUGAAAAUGUGUCCAAUGAUUUAAAAUCUGGAUUUAGGUCCACAGAGCUCUGUCUUUUUAAUCCUCAAGAAGUUCUAAAAAGAAUUCCUGACAUGCAAAUACAAGGCGAUAACGAAAAUGCCCAAACUGCUAUCCUAAAUGACAGCUUAAUUGAUCUGCUUUAAGAUCUGCGCGGUUCAAGAAAGGAAAAGGUCGCUCGAUUGCGUGGCAAGAAAAUAGAGCCCGGUAAACAACUUAAGAUAGUUGCUCCUUAAUCAGAUGAACCAGUCGCUGGCUCUUCAGGGACCCAGAAAAACAUUUCAAACAUUAGCGACGAUAAUAGUGACGACAAACCACUUAGUUGCAGUUUCUACAAAAAAAAACAAUGAGAAAGCAAGCAAAAAAGGCUGUUAAAAGUUCAGACGACGCCUGCGCAGCUUGCUUCAGAAAGUGGGAGAAUUAUACAGGGCCUGAUUGGAUUUGUUGCAAGAAAUGCAGACAAUGGGACUGUGGCUUUUGCAAUAAGGCGAGCACGGACACAUUUUAUGAAUGUGCCCUCUGUACAAACGAAGAUUUUGACAGUGACAGAUUUUUUUUAAAUUCGCAUUUGGACAUUAACCUGGACAAUUUUGACUUAGUUUGCAAUUAUAUAAAUAAGAACUUCGAUUGUCAAGAAAUCUCAAAAGAAGAUAUGCUAAAAAAUCCUCAAUAUAUUUUUGAAUGUCCCAACAAAAUUACGCAAAACAACAUACUUCCAAGCUACAUGGAAAUUACAAACCCAAAGCGGAAACGAAGUCGCAGAGAUGGAAAAUCUCAUAAUUUUUCUGUAAAUUAUUUUGUACUUAAAUAG